GAAAUGGACCGACAACAUGGGUUUGCCACAUUUGAUUACCAGCACAAAACAUGUCUAGAAAGCACAUGGGAUGCCUGACAUGAAACCAGCCAAGUCCAUUUUGAAGAAACACUCAGAUCCUCUUACUUUACCUCAACAUCAGGCAAGUAAAAGAAGCUUGAGCCCAGAAGAGCCAGCAGGAUACCCGAGGAGCAGUACUACCAGCCCAUAUGCUUGUUCAGCGCCUACAUGGGUGAAGCGGAGUUCUUCACCUGAGACUGCAGAUCAAGAAUUGGCAAGGAAGAAGAGGCAGCUGGAAGAAUUAAGUGAAUCUAUAGCACGUAAAAGAGCAAUUGUGGCCAUGGAGCAAAAAGCUAAAGCUGUUUCUGAUGAGCCUGAGAUCAAAAAGGAAUAUGAUUUUGCUUCAUGCUCUGACAAUUUGGACAUUUCAGCACCCAGUAAGGACACCUGGAGACUUGACAUAAAACCUGAUCCCCAACCAAAGAAGUCCAUUUUGAAGAAACGAUCAGAACACCUCCCUGAUCAGCCACAGAGUGAUAUGACUUCGACUGAUACACCUCCUUACAGUCAUACUCUAUUUCCCAGUUCUAAUCCUCCUCAAAAUGAUUACUCAGCUUUCUCCAAACCCUCUGGGUCUUCUCAUACCGUGACUGAAAAAUCAAUGAAUCCACUAAAUACUGUUGAUAUUUUCAAGCGGUUAAUUAGUGAAGUUUCUACAAGUGCAUGUAGGAGCGAGUCCUCACCUUUUAACAAUCCACCUGGCCUACGGUCAUUUUCCUCCGUGACGAAUUCUGGACCGUUUUACGGCCAAAAAAGUACAGGAGAGGCCAAAGCCGGUUGUUCAUAUGAAGACACAAGUUCUGCGUCACAUUCCCAAAGCCACCAGUCUUCACAGCAGGCUGGUGAUAAGUCCUCCAUCAGUGACAGGCCUUCAGUCCAGCCUUCGACUUCAGAGCAGAAACGUAAUGUUGCCACACAAAUGCAGCGUUUUCUCAGCGCUCUUAAUAAGGCAGAUUCAAAUUUGUUGUCCUCACUGUUGAGGGAAGCCAGAAAAGACUCAAAUUCUUUGGGUCAAACGAAUCCACAAGCUCAGCCUGGUAGAAAAUUGCCCCACAAGGAUGAAUUGUAUGAUCCUUUCAAAGAAACCGAAGGCAGUGAAGAUAACCGUUUCUUAAUGGGGAGCAAACAGAGUAGGAUUUCUGUGAUUGGACAAGUUGAAAACUGUUUGGAAGACCAUGGUGAUGAUGAUCUGUUGCCGCAUGAAAGAGCUGUGCAGGAUGGCAGCGGAUUUUCGAGAAUUGUCGGCAUGAAAUAUGGGACAGAAGCUAAGGCUGAGAAUCGGUUCCUUUAUGAAGAGAAAAAAGCACCUGAGAGUCAAAGCAGAUUUUCAGAAGAGCAGAAACCGUUUUCAGAACGUGAUCGAUAUGAUCAGCACAAGAAUCGCUACAGUGAUUUUGAGCGGCAGAGUCAUUCUGUGGAGGGCUAUCAGAAUCCGUAUUUACAUACUCAGGAAUCGCGUGCAGAUAAUAGAGAGAGAUACGAAAGACAAAAAGAGUCUGAGAGGUACAGAGUAGGAGACAGUCGUAGCCCAGUGCAUCAGACAUCAGAGAACACCAGUGAAGAAACAGCCAAAAAGACAGAGCACUAUGAAAAACUUCAGAAUCUACUGCAAACAAUUGGUCUUAAACUAGACACAGCAGAAGUUAGUAAGCUAGCUGACAGGACAAGGGAGCGGUUGUACGGCAAGAAAGUGAAACCUCAGAGUGCAUCAUCUCACUCGUUCGAUCAAAAAGAUGAGCAAUCGGUGAGUAGAUAUAAUCGAAGGGGUAGCAGGGCAGAUUCCUCUGACUCUGAGGGUGUCCGUUCUGUAUCUCCUACAAAAUCCUCUAAUCGUGAGGUUUACAUGACUUACACGGAUUCUCUUAAGUCUCGAGACCAGCAUGAUGAAGUAUCAGGUGUAAAGGAGAGAGAUCUGGUCAACCUUCAAAGGACUAUUAAGAACAGUCCAGAGGCAAGACAGGUGACUCCAGAUUCAAAUCAACUUGCAUCAUCAGCAAAGGUCGCUCAUGAUUCUUACCAACCUACAACGGAGUUCCCGUCAACAUCAGCUCAGUCCGGCAGUUUCUUGUAUACACAGAAAGCCACUGAAUCCUCAUUGGCUACACCCUACAUCAAAAGUAGACAGAAUUCUUGGGAGUCUAGCUAUCACUUGGAUGAGGACCAGAAAGGGAACUCUCAGGAUCUUGUGUCUCCCUACGGUUCAGUUCCUCCAAGUCCUCUGCAGUACGCUGCUGGAAUUCAUAUACCACCUCCUAGUGUACCACCUCCCAAUAUACCACCUCCCGGUAUACCACCUGGCUAUGGCACUUAUACAGCACCACUGUUCCCAGUCCCCCCUCCUUUUUCCACACCAAAUCCUUUUGGCCCCCCUCCAUCCCCCUAUUUAUCCACCCCCUGCAGGUCAAUUUAACAUGCCCUUGCAAACAGGAGCUUCUGGCUACGGCACCAGUCAGGUUAAGAUCAAAUCCACUGCCCCAACCAGAUGCCUUAAAACAAUUGAAACAAUAAAAACCCAGGAACCUGUUAGUACAAAACCUGCACUGGCCAGUGUACGGCCUGCACUCAUUAGCAUACAGCCCGUAGAAGAAACUCGGCCUAAAGACAGUCAAGGAGAAGAUGAAUCAAAACAAGCUGCACCUGUAAUGGAGGAUGACAUCAAAGCUAAACAAAAGAAGAGGGUAGGUCACCUUUUUUCUCACACCCAGCUAUAAAAAAGGUGAUUGAUUGACUGCAUAUUGUUUGGCUGUUUAUGAUUUUGAAUUGAAGGCACCUCGGUCCGUGCCUCUCAGUUGUUUAAAUUCGACCAGAAGAGCACUCUCUGUGCUGCGUUCCGCGCGGUUGUUUUAAUACUGUUAUGUCUUUGAGAUGCGUUUUAUUUGCGCCUUUGUUCUGAGCAGCUGGAGCAGUUUAACCAGAGGAUGAGACUGAAGAAAGAGCAACAAAUGGAAGCUCAGCGAACACAUGGACAAAGCCAGAAAUCAGCACCAGGUACCAGAUUACUAUUUUUGACGUUAAUAGGCAGGAUAUCAGAUUUGAAUACCAGCCUAAUAUUAGAUGUAUGUAGAAUGAGGUUGCUUCAGUCCAGUCAUGACUUAUGAACCUCAACCAAGCCAGUUCUGCAGCUCCGGUAUUACUAUUUUUGGGAAACAAAUCAUGAAGGUGGUUGCCAGUGCUUGUUGUUAUCAUGAUAAUGGGAUUUUCACUGGCAAUUCACAUGUCCACCUCAGAUAUUUUAGUGAAACACUCAUUGACUCUUUAGGUAGUUGAGGUUCUUAAGUGGCAGUCUGUUAAAAUAAAGAAUGUACAUGAUUCUUUUAAAGAUAAAACAAAGACUUUCAAAGUUAAAACUGAAGUGUGCAUUCUCUAGCAGAACAUGAUUUUAUUAAUAGUGCUAGAAUUAACGCAGCAAUUUUCCAUUUAUCAUACCCAACUAACCCGGCUUCUGACAAGAUCUAGAAUCAUGAUGAUAAAUCGUCUAAUUUAGGACCUUUUACAGGUAUGUAGUUGAUCAUUCUUACAAAGGACGAAACAAAGAGCAAGGAAAAUGCACCAGCAAGUAGGUGAAUAAGGGGAUUACAUAGGGUACCUCAGUCAGCUUAUUUGGUGCAUAUGAUUCAGGCAUAAAGUAAGCAAAAGUUCUGUUAGGUUGAGAUGGAAGGGCAUUCACAGGGACACUAAGAGAAUUCCAGACUUUUGGGGGCCAUGAUGAGGAGUGACACGCAAGGUACAGUCUGAAGGACCACCAGCGAGUCUAGUGCCAGCUAGACUGGGAGGUAGCAAGACAUUGUAAAACGCAUUGUCUAAGCAGCAAGUAAGCACAGAUGUCACCUCACACCUGAUCUUCUUUGUGAAAGGCUUGACAUUAGCUGGUAAGUUGGAUCACAUUUGUUCAGUAAGUGAAUACUUGAUAGGAAUACUUGGGUUGAGAACCCUUGCUCUAGAGGGCUGUUUAUCUACAAAUAUUUGUAUAUUUCUUUCAUCUUGACUUGUUUUUCAGUGUUUAAAGGGCUUUUUGCCUUUAGAUCAUGUGUGUGUGUGUAUGUGUGUGUGUGUGUGUGUGUGUGUGUGUGUGUGUGUGUGUGUAUAUAUAGACAUGACAGCACAGAGGACAUUUUAUAGUGUAGCUGGAAUGAAAAGUAGCUGGUAUUUUAAGGGCAUCUAACAUCUAAUGUAAAUCUUUGUAGGGAAAAGAAUUGUCCUAUUCUGAUGCAGGUUAUGCAAAUGUGGACCACCAUUUCAGACAGGGGGAGGAUUCUUCGCACCUCACUUGGCCAAGCCUCCUGAGGUUAAUGCUCCCACUAUAUUGUUACAGGAAAAGUUACCCGAAACGAGGUAAAGAACGUGUGGAUAUGUGGCCACUCCCUGGUGUUCUGGGCUGAGAAGAGGGCCACAUCUCCUGAAAUUGGUAUGCAGCUUGGGAUGGACCCCAACUGUGUGCGGAUAUGGUGGAAGGGUGUUCAGGGCAUGACUUGGCAACAGCUUCUGCCCCAGCUGCUCCAGCUCAAAGACAAUUGGCCCAAACCUGAUGUGAUUCUCUUACACCUGGGAGGAAAUGAUAUCGGCAAGACCACCACAGAGGCCUUCCUGGCAGCCGUGAAGAAAGACCUGAUUUCGAUGAAGAGCAUAUUUCCUGAGUGCCUACUGGUUUGGUCCGACAUCCUACCACGUAGGUCCUGGAGGCACUCGGAGGACAGUGCAGCAGUGGACAACACGCGAAGGGCCAUCAAUAGAAGCAUCUGCGGUAUUAUUACAGAGCUUGGUGGAUCUUCUCUCUCUCAUGAGAACAUAAAGCCUGGUUUGGACACUGGCCUCUACAGACCAGAUGGGGUUCACCUCUCUGGUAAGGGAAUUGACACUUUCAAUUUGAACAUGCAAGACUUCCUUGAGAAGUGGGAGAGUGAGAUAAAUAAGGAUGAGCCUUCUGAAAUGUAGACUCCUUUUAACAUGGUUCAUUUCAUAAUGCUGUUUUACUUCUGUACAUUGUUCUUGUACUGUGUAAAUGUCUUCAUCCAUGUAUCUCUUACAUUGUUAGGGUUGGAUACCAACCUAAGGUUAUAUGAAUGUCACUGCAUGUUUUAAUGGAUUAAAAAAGGUCUAUAGAAAGACUGUUGGUUAAAAAAACAUCCUGUGAUCUUUAAUAAACACCUACUCAAAUCUU